UGUUUCACUUCCGGUUUUAGGUCUGUCGGCACCACACUCUGUUUCAAUAGAAAAGUGCAAUUUUUAGAGUUUGUUUUUCAUUAUUAAAUUCACCUGUGACAUUUGUGUAUUUUAAAAUGGAAGAGGAAGAGCCUGUUUUCGACUCCAGUAUGAAGAAGAAAAAGAAAAAGAAGCCUGCAGAUUUGGCACCAACUAAAGAGUGUGAUAAUUCAGAAAAUCGAAUUGAACAGACGAAGAAAGUCGUAGAAACCUUAGGUGAGGUAGGAAAUAAGCUGAAUGAUUUUGAUAUCAAUGAGGACUUUCUUGGAAAGAAAAAAAAAAAGAAAAAGCCCAUAACAGAUUCUCGACUACAAGAUCAGAGCGAAAAUAAUCGAGAUGAAUCCAGUGAGAAGAUUGAUGAUGAAUUUUCAUUUGACAAAAAGAAGAAAAAAAGAAAAGGUCGUCCAAUCGAAAUAGACCAAGUAGAUGGUCUUCAAGUCAACCAAAAUGCUGAUACUAAAAUCUCAAUUGAUUAUAAUAGGGAAUAUACUUACGAAGAACUAUUACAAAGGGUGUUUGAUAUCAUGAAAGAGAAAAAUCCAGAUAUGAUUGCUGGAGAGAAAAAGAGAUUUGUUAUGAAGCCUCCUCAAGUAAUGAGAGUAGGUACAAAGAAGAGUUCGUUUUCAAAUUUUUAUGAAAUUUGUAAAAUGUUACAUAGAGUCCCAAAGCAUUUAAUGGCUUUCUUGUUGGCUGAAUUAGGCACCAGUGGGGCCAUCGAUGGAAAUAAUCAAUUAAUCAUUAAAGGAAGGUUUCAGCAGAAACAAAUUGAAAGUGUUUUGAGACGAUAUAUAAAGGAAUAUGUAACGUGCCAUACGUGCAAGUCGCCUGACACUCUCCUCUCCAAAGAUACUCGAUUAUACUUUUUACAAUGCGAAAGUUGCGGUUCAAGAUGUUCUGUCGCUUCUAUCAAGUCUGGUUUCCAAGCUGUGACAGGAAAGAGAGCUGCUAUUAGAGCAAAAACUACUUAA